UCAGUUGGCGCCUCAGCGACGUUUAGCGGCUGUUGUCUUCGGUGGUGGAGCAGUUUGCCGUGUUCUGCUGUAUUUAAGUAAUUUAUUCUCUUUGCUGCUUAAUAAACUCAUCAUCGAGCGACAUGGUGAGACUGUCAGAGGGAGCGAUAUCGGAUAUUGCAAGUGGAAUCAAGAUCCAAAACCCAGUGCUUCAGUUAUUGAACAUUCGUCGGAUUGAUGGAGGAAGUGGUCAGGCUCGUUUUCGGGUGAUGAUGAGCGAUGGACGCUUCACUCUGUCCAACUUCAUGCUCUCGACCCAGCUCAACGCCUUGGCUGAGGCGAACAGACUGGCACCGAACUGCGUCUGUCUUAUCAAGAGGCACGUAGCCAAUGAAACUGAAGGAUGGACGGCGGUUGUCGUUAUUUUGGAUAUCGACAUCAUCAAGACCUCCGCGGAGAUCGCUGGUAAAAUAGGAGAUCCCGUCCCGUAUAGUGAAGGUCAAAGUAAAGUCCAGCAGCCACAAUCGGCUCCAAAUCCUCCGGCUUGUCUUCCGCUGCAGCUGCAAAAUGACAACACGGUGAACAGAGGGUCCAGUAGAGAUUUUGUGAAGAAGGGUCCGCCAGCCACGCCCACUACUCCUGCAGGUGCCUCCAAAAUUGUGCCCAUUGCCAGCCUCAACCCCUAUCAGUCCAAGUGGACCAUCCGUGCACGUGUAAAUAAGAGCGGCAUCCGUACGUGGAGCAACUCUCGGGGUGAUGGCAAACUCUUCUCCAUGGAGAUCGUGGAUGAGAGUUCGGAGAUGAGAGUCACCGGUUUCAACCAAGAGGUCGACAAGUUCUACAGCCUAAUUGAGACGGGCAAGGUCUACUACAUCUCCAAAGGCAACCUCAAGAUCGCCAACAAGCAGUACACAUCGGUGAAGAAUGACUACGAGAUGACCCUUAACGGAGAGUCCACCAUCAUCCCCUGUGAGGACAGCAGUGACGUCCCCAUGGUCCAUUGUGACUUUGUCUCCAUUGGUGACCUGCCGACAAGGAGAAAGAUUGCCAUCGUGGAUGUCAUCGGUGUGUGCAAGAAUGUAGACGAAGUGACCCGCCUCACCACCAAAACCAACCGGGAAGUGUCUAAGAGGACGGUGACACUGAUCGACACGUCCGGGAAGCUGGUGACGCUCACAUUGUGGGGGAGGAAGUGAGCAGAGAAGUUUGACGGCUCUGCAAAGCCCAUUGUAGCCAUCAAAGGGGCCAAAGUGUCUGACUUUGGAGGCCGGUCUCUCUCUGCAUCCUUCAGCAGCACUGUGAUGGUCAACCCGGACAUUCCUGAAGCCUACAAGCUCAGAGGCUGGUAUGACCAGGAUGGCCAUGCCAUAGAGGGAGAGUCUCUGACGGAGGCCAGAGGCCCUGGCGGAGGCAACACCAACUGGAAGACUCUGUCCGAAGUCAAGAGUGAGCACAUGGGACACGGGGAAAAGGCCGACUACUACACCUGCGUGGCGACGGUGGUGUACCUGCGGAAGGAGAACUGUCUCUACCAGGCGUGUCCCAGCCCGGAUUGCAAUAAAAAAGUGGUGGACCAGCAGAACGGAAUGUUCCGCUGUGAGAAGUGCGGCAAAGAGUUUCCUAAUUUCAAGUACCGCCUCAUCCUUUCUGCCAACAUUUCAGAUUACGGGGACAACCAAUGGGUGACCUGCUUCCAGGAGAGUGCAGAGGCUAUUCUGGGCCAGAACGCCAUGUACCUGGGACAACUGAAGGAGACUAAUGAGUCCGCCUUCGAUGAGGUCUUCCAACACGCCAACUUCAACACUUUCAUCUUCCGUAACAGAGUGAAGCUCGAAACCUAUAACGAUGAAUCCCGGAUCAAGGCCACAGUGAUGGAUGUGAAGCCCAUUGACCACAAGGACUACAUUAAGAGGCUGAUUGUGAACAUAAGGAAGCUGGCAGCACAGUAGGAA